CUAUCGAUACGGUAUGUCCAUAUUCACCUCAUCAUACACUCGACUAUCAGUAUGUCUACUUGUAAUAUUAGUCAUUUUGUAUAUUAUUCAUUACUACUCAUGGCCGUCGUGGAAAUACAAUGUUUUACAGUCGAAAAAUUCCGCAAAACAUGUACCAAUUUCGCCGAAGCUUAGAAUUCUUUGCUUCGGCGAUUCUCUGACAGCUGGGAUGAAGAAGAGAGGAGACAUGGACCCGUCUCAUAUUUAUCCCUACUCAAAUACUCUUAAGAAACUCUUCGACAAGCAUUUAUCAAGGAAAAUACGAAGUAAAUUAUCGGUUCGAAUUCAAACUGAGGGUGUUCCUGGAGAAAGAGUGCUUGGAGGAAUGAAACAAAGACUCUAUGGCUUGAUGAAUGGUAAUGUUACGUAUGACUGGGUCGUAAUUCUCGGAGGUACGAAUGACUUGAAUUUUUUCCUACAGCAACCAACCAAAGCUCCUAAUGUAACAGCCGUCUUGGAAGAAUUGCUUGAGUUACAUGAUUUAAGUCAUACUUUUCUUGCCAGAACCAUAGCUGUCUCUAUUCCUCCAAGACAAUGCGAAAGAACUUCUAAAUGUAAGUCUUACACAGACGCUCGUCACUACAUAAACAAAGAACUCCGCCUGUAUUCAACGAGUAGAACGGGGGAAACGUUUUAUGUUGACAUAGAGAAAGAAAUGAGAACUGAUAAGCCGUAUUGGAGCGACGAAGUUCAUUUUAAUGAUCUUGGCUACGACAGAAUAGGCAGUAUUAUAUUUGACAGUCUUUAUAAAAAUAUUUAGCUGAGCGUGACGACGCUACCGGACAUACAUCUGCAGCCAUCUGCAGGUUGUUUUGAAAAUAUUUUGGGCUACCUGUGGUUUGGUCAGCAAGAGUUUUUGGAAGUUACUUUCAACUAACUUAAAAGUCAUAUAAUAUAUAAAUGUACUUAAAAGUAAGGUUGAAAAUCAUCAGUACACUUUACAGA